AUGUCGGCGCAGACGGCCGCCGCCGCCGCCUGCGACGAGCGGGAAAACAAGCGCGCGCAUGCGGAGAGCCAGUGCUGGUCCGCCACUUACCCUGAAGAUCUCCUCGUCCUCGUCUACACCAUGGUCGCCUCCCCACGCGGCCGCACUUGCUUCGCCGCCGUCUGCCGGUCGUGGCGCGCCGCCGCGCGCGCGGCUCCACCUGUGCCGGUGCUCCCGUGGUUGCUCCUCCCGCCUCGCGACGGCAUCGCGAUGAAGGAUCUUUACUGCCUCGAGGAUGGCGCCCUCAUGGACUUAAAGAUCCUCCAGAUCAUCGGCGGCCACGACGGCGGCUGGGUCGCCGUGCCCGUAUCAGGUCGUCCGGUCAGGAUCAUGAACCUUUUCUCCGGCGCCGACGUGGCGCUCGACGAGAAGAAGGCGAUGAUGGCCUGCCCGAUCCCGGACCAUGCCCCACGCACGCAGGUGGUCAUCUCGAGAGUUGUCUUCUCCGCGCCGCCCACCUCGCCCCGAUGUAUCCUUGCCGCCGUAACACAAAAUUGUGGCAUCGCGCUCUGCAGAGUUGGUUGUCCGAACAGUGGGUGGGCCGUACAAGGAUGCCAUAGUAACAUCAGAGAGAUUGUCGACAUCACGUUUUGCGAUGGUGAGCUCUAUGGCCUAUAUAAAAAGAGGAAACUGGUUAAGUUUGACAUUGGUGUCGAUGAGAAGGUUGGUGCCCCAAUGGUCACCGCGGAACACCAGCUCAUCAUGCAAGGGAUCGGCCGCACCAUCGGUACGGACGACGACUACUGGGACAGUACUAGUUACAUCUUUAAUCUAGAGGGCAAGCUUGCGAUGGCGUUGAAGGCCCGAUGGUUGCCAAACAUCCCGCCUUUCUUCAAGGUGUUCAAGCUUGUUGACAUCCACAUCCACAUGGGUAAACGCAAGCCACAUUACAAGGACAAGUGGCUCGAGGUCACAAGCUUGGAUGACCACGCAUUGUUUUUGGGGAAGUCGUUCUCUAAGGCAGUGCAUGUGCCAGCGAAAAUGUGCGGCGGCGUGGAGAGAAACCGUAUCUAUUACUCGCACCAUUGUUGGUUAGGAAGAAACACCGUCAUCCCUAGUGACAAGGUAUUCUUGAAAGUCUCGAACGACAGCAACGGGAUGACAUGCUACAAGGAAGACGACUUGAAGAACGCCAUCACCGACGAUGAUGAUGACGUGAAGAGGAUCAUCUCGGUAGGAUACUUCACACAGGGUGGGUCUUAUGGUGGCUUGUGGAUUUUCCCUCCAGAUUUGCAGCUACUCUAG